GAUUUACAGUUAAACCUAUUUAGAGUGCGGGUAUUCAAGUAAAUAGGAUUUAUAACAGGUGGUCGGUAGGCUGCGUAUAUUUAAGCUUGUAAUUGGACUCACACGUGCUGUGUGUUAUGAAGUGAGCACCUCAUUGACGUGCUCUAUCGGAGUUUUUCACGCGAUCUCUCCACGAAGAGAGCAGUCGUCGUGCGCCCGCGCUACAGCGCCAGCGCUUCCAUAUUACUCACAUAAUAACAUAAAUACUACAUUAUUAUAUCUCUAAUUUAUUGUAUUGUUAUGUGGACAGUAUUAUUAUGCAAUUGUUUACGAAUUAUAGUCGUGAAUAGUGGGUGAUAUGCGCGGUACACAAGUGUGAAAGUUUUAGCAGUUUGUUCUGUCGGUUAUACGAUGCCCAUAUAAUAUGCAAAUUUCGAUUUCAUAAUACCAGUGUAGUGGUAAAAUGUGACGAUUUAUACAGGGUUUAAUAGAGUGUAACGCCGUAAUAGUAGAAAACUUGUUAUUGCUGAGGGAGAGUUCGUUUUGGACCAUUAAACGAGUGCCCAUGAUUAGGAGGUGACAGUGGAGCUUAGCGGUAGGAGUUGAUAAAGAGUUGGUAGUGUCGGUGAAGCCGGAUCCAGCGCCGACAAGUGUGCCGUUGUCCGCGGCUGCAGCGAUUUCUCCCGCGCCGCUCACGUCACGCACGUCCGCGCUGCUCGCAUACUCGCCCGCCUCUCGCCGUUGAUUGAUCCAAUUACAGAAUUGCUAGAUUUGCAUGUGGAUGUGUUGUGCGCCGCGGUGCAGAGCUAGUGAAAGUGAGCGUGAUGCGGGCGGCGCUCAGCUGAGCCGGUGACGUCACGUGACGUCGCGGACAUGGGCCAUGUGGAGGAUCUGCGGCGUCAGUAAGGCCGAGCCCGUGCUGUUCGCCCGGAAUCCUGACGAUGAUUAUCAGCCGACAUGGCGGUUGUGGGGCGAGGAGCGCGUCGACGGCGCCAUCUACACCGUCUACCUCAAGAAAGUACGCUACCACCGACCUACGAGAAGUGCUUCUAGCGAGUCGGACGACGAGAUCUCCCACUUGGAAUGGGAGACAGUGCGCGUGCGCUUCGUGAAGGCCGGCACCGUCGAGCGCCUGGUCGAGGCUUUGGCCACAGACGAUGGGGAGCUCGAGUCCACGUACGUCAACGUAUUCCUAGCGACAUAUCGUUCGUUUGCGGAGUGCAGCAGGGUGCUGGACCUCCUUCUGCGACGAUAUGAAGCGCUGGCUUCUGAGGAGGUGCAUCCAUCAGCAGUUGACACAUCGCAGCAACACCGAAAGACUCUGGUAGCAUGUCUCCACGUGUGGUUGGACACGUACCCGGAGGACUUUCGGCAGCCCCCGCACCACCCCGCGCUGCAACAGCUACUCGCCUUCACUCAGGUUCACCUGCCCGGGACAGAACUACAUACGAAGGUAUUACAGAAGUUAGCUAUAUUCAGUGCGGAGCGCAAUGGCGUGUCGGGCGGUGUCGGCGGCGGCAUGUGCCUGGCGGCGGGCAUGCGGCUGGCCGCGCACCACACGUGCGCCUACCGCCUGCCGCACGUGCCGCACCGCCACUUCGCCGAGCAGCUCACCCGCAUGGACAUGGAGCUGUUCAAGAAGCUCGUCCCGCACCAGUGCCUCGGCGCCGUGUGGUCCCGGAGAGACAAGGACCGCAACCACGACGCGGCGACAGUGCUGGGCACCGUCAACCAAUUUAAUGCCGUGUCGUUCAGAGUUAUUUCGACCGUUCUUGUUGAACCUAACUUAAGACCCCUUGAGCGCGCCGAUAUCCUCGCCGCGUGGCUAGACAUCGCACGAGAACUAAGGGUACUGAAAAAUUUUUCAUCGCUUAAAGCGAUAAUCUCCGGGCUACAGAGUAAUCCCGUUUAUAGACUGAGAAAGACGUGGGCGUUACUAGCUAAAGAAAAAGCUGAAUUAUUCGAUGAGCUUGCCCGUAUUUUUAGUGAAGACAAUAAUCGAUGGGCACAGAGAGAGCUAUUGAUGCGUGAAGGUACCGCAAAGUUUGCAGAUACCGUGGGAGAAAACGAUCGCCAGCUUCAAAAAUUAUUACAUGAAAGAGGAUCACCCGGUGUCAGCCACGGAACCAUUCCAUACCUCGGGACCUUUUUAACUGACCUUACUAUGAUCGACACGGCUAUUCCUGAUACAGUGGCCGAUGGGCUGAUAAAUUUCGAUAAACGACGAAAAGAGUUCGAGGUCCUCGCCCAGAUUAAGUUACUUCAAGGCGCGGCUAAUGCUUAUCAUUUGCCUUCGGACUCUAUGUUCGACAGAUGGUUCGACUCGGUUAUAGUUCUCGACGACCGGGAAGCGUUUCAGCUUUCAUGUCAAAUUGAACCUCCAACAAACCCUCCUAAGGAAAGAAGACCUAAAAAGAUAGAAACUAACAGUCAAGGCCAUAGGAAGAAUGAUUCGAUCGCCAGUACUAGUUCGAGUAACAGUUCACAGUUUUACUGUGAAACAGAUGGCACCGGCACAGCGUGGAAGAGGGAUAGCCUAGAGAGACGAGCGUCACCCACGCGACUAUCACAUGGGUCGUCAUCCUCCUCGCUACCGUCACUAGACGUGUCAUUGUCAAGUGCUAACAGUGGGCAGAAACCGGCUAAUGGCAAGGCGGGCGGCACUAGCCCAGCUGCACCCGGACUGCGCUCGGGACCUGACUUCUACAUCAUCCGCGUCACGUACGAGUCAGACUGCGCGGAGACAGAGGGCGUGGUGCUUUACAAGUCUAUCAUGUUGUGUAACAACGAGCGAACACCACAAGUUAUCCGUAACGCCAUGCUCAAACUAAACCUUGAUGGUGACCCUGACGGAUACACUCUGGCGCAAGUUUUGCCCGAAAAAGAAAUGGUGCUACCUGCCAACGCGAAUGUUUACUACGCAGUGAACACUGCUUACAACUUGAACUUCAUAUUGCGGCCGCGGAAGGCGCAGCAACUUGAGCCAGUCGUCAACGGGAAAUCGCGCGGAAAGCGACCUUAAUCCAUUCAAUGAGAAAUCAAUAAUCGAUUGGAGUUAAAUGCGUAAUGAGGUUAUUCAGAAAUGAAUACUAAAUAAUCACAGCAACGGCGAUCUAGUGUUCGGGUGAACUUUUAAAGUAUACAGUGGAAUUGACUUCAAGGGUAGACAUUGGUGACAUUUUCGAGUGAUUUUAUUACGAGAAAAGACCUUAGUAGUGAAUUUGUUCUGUGCUUAAUUUAGCUUGUAUUUCAUUUCGACAACAUAAGCUUGUCUGAAUAUACCUACAUCUGAUCAAGCUACGCUUAGCCCGUAAAACUAUGUUCCUUUAUCACUAUGCAAUUUAUUUUGAUUCAUUGCAUAAUUGUGGACUGAUGCGCUUCUUAACAUCUGUACUCCCAUCUAUUCCUAACGUGCAUUUCACGGCGUCUAAGAUGUAAUAUUUGUAUUGUACUCAUGUAAAUAACUUAAAGUAAUGCCACCUUUAGUAUAGCAUUGUGAAUUUAAAUGUUUUAUGUAUAUGUGAAUUGUUAUUUGUAUAUAAAGUUGUGUAAAUAAGAAUCUCAUGGUAUAAUAUUGUAGUGUAAUACUGAGCCAAAGGCAAUUUACGUCUAAUAGCAAGGUGCUGUACCACUUUUGUAUAACGUUUUAGAAGCUUUAAUGUGAACAUAUUUUGAUAAAUUGAAUUUCAUAUUGUAUUUCUAAUAGAGUUUAUGUGUUUAAUAUAAUAAAGGGUAAAUAUCGGGAACAAAGAUAUUCAGAAUCUGUUCACUGAGCCAGUCGUUUUUAGGAACGUUUUUGAUAAAUAUACAUGAUUGCGAGAAAACGAAGAUUUGGCAUUUUAAAAGAUAGUUUCACUCAGUAACAGAAUAAAUCUCGAACACAAUAAAACUGUUUGUCUUAAAACUUAGAUAGAAUGAUGUGUAGACGUAAACUUAAAUGUUUGACUGUAUAACGAUAUGAAUAGUUCAUGACAAUGUGUGUACUCUCUGUGUUCGUCGUAGACAUACGCUGUACCUAUGUGUGUGUUCACUGUUGCCGAACAGCCAUUUAGUUAGAUCUAUUACCGACUUAAAUCAUACAACUAAAUUAGUGAGUAGAUUCUAGGGUCUGCGUACUUAAAGCCAUACAUCAAGUGUACUGAUAUUUGAAAGAGUAAAUACAAUGUCUAUGUAGUAUUAUCGCCGUAUACAAUAAUUCUUUUCACGUGACCAUACUCAUCCAAUAUUAUAAGAUUCACGGUGUGCCUAAUAUAAAUUAUUGUUUUAUAUAAUAUCGACUAUAAUAUUUACUCAUAUACUUAUUCUACUGCAUAUAUUGUAAUCGUAUGUGUUACCUACCCUGUAUAUUAAGCGCUCAGAAUGACAUUCUUCAUUUGUUUUGUAAAUAUUUGUACCUAAUUAACGUGUAAUUUUGUAGUUUUCCACCAGUGUCGCUGUAACAUGUUUAUAUUCGUAUAAUAAAAGUUAACGAAAUCUUU